AUGCAAACAAAAAAUCUUAAAAAUUCAGAUGAAGAUGAUGAUAACACUAUUAAUUCAGAUACUACUGCAGCAACUACACUUGAAAUAGAUCCAGAAUAUAUGCCUGAUACAUAUACUUAGUUGAUCCAAUUGCAAAAGUAUAGAAAGACACUAAAUGAUAGCAAACACCCAACUGAAGCACUUUAGCUUGAUGGAAAUUACUCCACUACAGUCAAAGAUCUUUUAUUAAGUAUAAAGCAAUUUCAUAUACCGAAUCACUUAAGAAUAAAAUAUUGCCCAAGCACAAUCCAAAGAUUUAAAAUCAAUCAAAAUCCUAGAGCAUUUUAUGAUUUCAAUCUUUCAUUCAAGAAUGUUCAAUCACAGAGCAAGUAUGCGGAUGUAAGGAUCGUAUAAAGUUAUUCGAAUUCAGCCAAGAAAGCAGUUAAAAUUUAUAGAAGAAUGGAUAUAGAUUAAGAUUUAGACCCUGAUCUCUAUGAAAAACUGAAAUAGCCAAUUAAGGUUUUAUGCAAAGCUGAUCAUAUAAAUAUUGCCCAGAUUGAAAAUAUUUUUGAGACAGAAAAAACUUUUUUUGAAAGUAAGGGAUUUGUUACUUACGAAGAUGAACUACAGAGAGAUCAUCUCUAUGUAAUUUAGGAUUAUUAUGAAGGAGAUAGCCUAUUUAAUUACAUUAUUAGAAAGGGUAUAAUUGAGGAAGCCGAUGCACUUCAAAUUGCUAAAAAGAUCCUUUAGACAAUUAGAUACUGUCAUAACGAACUUAAAGUAGUUAUUGGAUGCUUGAAUCCUUAGGAUUUAGCCAUUGAUAAUGCUAUUAGCAAGCAUCAUAUUCGGCUACUAAACUUGAGUGACUCUUGGAGCAUCAAUAAUACACAUUUCAAAGAUGUGGAGUUGGAAUAUAUCAUAAAAGGAUAGUAACAUCAAAGAACUUCAUCAUUGUCGAACAGGCAACUAUAUUUAGCACCUGAAAUUUUAACCUACAGCUUUUUUUCUCAUAGAGACUUCAAAGUAGAAAUUACUCCUCAGGUUGAUGUAUGGGCACUAGGUUUUAUGGUUUAUAAUAUGAUCACAGGUAUACCACCUUAUUAUGCAGAUAAUGUAAAAGAUUUAUAACAGUAAAUGCUCUAUAAUGAUAUAAGGCCAACUAUUAAAGAUAAUGAGAUGUUUAUAGGUUGUUCUGAUGAGCUUAUUGAUUUUUUACUUAAGACUUUAGAGCUUAAGCCUUAAAAGAGAUUAACGCUUGAUUAAGUUUUUGAGCAUCCUUGGAUAAAAUAUUCACCAAAAUCAAAAUUAACCAUAACAAAAUCAGUCAUAAAAGAUUCAUUUAAGAGAUUAAAAGAUUAUAAAUUUGAAAGUGAGUUCAUGCGAUUCCUCUCUUAUUAUAUUGGAAAUUUCAUUAUUCAAAAAGAAAAAAAGCUUAGUGCUUAUAGACUAUUCUAGGUAUUUGACCCUGAAAAUCAGGGAUUUUUCACUAAGGCUGAGUUGUCGUAGAUAUUGACUGAUAGUGAAGUUAAAUUUAUUAAAGAAGAUAUAAGCGUGAUAUUUGAAAAUCUUGAUACUAAUAGAGAUGGUAAGGUUACAUUUCUGGAUGUUUGCCCUGCUCUUAUUAACAAGUCUGAUUUAUUUAGUAAGUACUGCCUUAAAGAGGUAUUAGUAAUGAUUGAUCCUAAUUAAGAAAAGUUGAUUACUUUUGAUAACAUUCGAAAACUAUUUGAUCGUGAAUAAGUUGAAGAUAUAUUGAUUACAUCAAUGAUAAGAUAAAUUGAAGGAAAGCCUUUGCAUAAUAGCACAGAAAAAGAAGGCAUCACUUUCAGAAACUUUCUGAUUCUUAUCUAAAAUUACCUAGAGUCUAAGUCUAAAAAUUGA